GCCCAUGGCGUACACGGCGAGCCCCACGCCAGCGGGGCCCAUCGGCGCCCAGUACUGUGUCUGCAAGGUCGAGUUGUCUGUGUGUGGCCAAAACCUUCUGGAUCGGGAUGUCACGUCCAAGUCCGACCCCUUUUGCGUCCUGUUCAUGGAGGUCAAUGGGAAAUGGGUAGAGCUCGACAGGACGGAAACAGCUGUGAACAACCUCAACCCAGCCUUCUCGAAGAAAUUCAUCGUCGACUAUCACUUUGAAGAAGUGCAGAAGCUCAAGUUUGCCCUCUUUGACCAGGACAAAUCGAGCAUGCAGCUGUAUGAGCACGACUUUCUGGGGGAGUUCUCCUGCACGCUGGGCAUGAUUGUCUCCAGCAAGAAAAUAACAAGAACUCUCCUUCUGGGGAACGGCAAACCAGCUGGGAAAGGGAUGAUAACGAUAGCUGCCCAAGAGCUCUCAGACAACAGAGUGAUUACUCUGAGCAUGGCUGGCAGAAAACUGGAUAAAAAGGACUUGUUUGGAAAGUCAGAUCCCUUCUUAGAGUUUUAUAAACCAGGUGAUGAUGGGAAAUGGAUGCUGGUCCACAGAACAGAGGUGAUCAAGUACACGUUGGACCCUGUCUGGAAGCCGUUCUCUGUGCCUUUAGUGUCGCUGUGCGAUGGAGACAUAGAGAAGUUGAUAAAGGUCAUGUGUUAUGACUAUGACAGCGAUGGAGGCCACGACUUCAUUGGAGAGUUUCAGACCUCAGUGGCCAGGAUGUGUGAAGCCCAAGAUGCCUUUCCACUAGAGCUAGAGUGCAUCAACCCCAAAAAGCAAAAGAAGAAAAAGAAUUACAAGAACUCCGGGAUCAUCAUUGUCAAGUCCUGCAAAAUAACCAGAGAUUUCUCCUUCCUCGACUACAUCCUGGGAGGCUGCCAGCUCAUGUUCACUGUUGGCAUUGACUUCACAGCCUCCAACGGGAACCCACGAGACCCUUCUUCUCUGCACUACAUCAACCCCAUGGGAACCAAUGAAUAUCUGUCAGCGAUCUGGGCUGUUGGUCAGAUCAUUCAGGACUACGACUCAGACAAAAUGUUUCCUGCUCUGGGAUUCGGUGCCCAGCUGCCGCCGGACUGGAAGGUAUCCCAUGAGUUUGCCAUUAACUUCAAUCCGACCAACCCAUUCUGUUCAGGUGUUGAGGGCAUUGUCCAAGCGUACUCAGCCUGCCUGCCUCACAUCCGCUUCUACGGACCCACCAACUUCUCUCCCAUCGUCAACCAUGUGGCCCGGUUCGCAGCUCAGGCAACCCAGCAGGAGUUUGCGACUCAAUACUUCAUCCUCCUCAUCAUCACAGACGGGGUCAUCAGCGACAUGGACGAGACGAGACACGCUGUGGUGCAGGCGUCCAAGCUGCCCAUGUCCAUCAUCAUCGUGGGGGUGGGCAAUGCCGACUUCGCUGCCAUGGAGUUCCUGGACGGGGACAGCCGUGUGCUGCGCUCGUACACCGGCGAGGAGGCUGCCCGUGACAUCGUGCAGUUCGUGCCCUUCAGGGAUUUCCGCAACGCCCCCAAGGAAACGCUGGCCAAGGCUGUGCUGGCAGAGCUGCCCCAGCAAGUCGUGCAGUACUUCAAGCACCAAAACCUGCCGCCCAUCAACUCGGAGCCCGCGUAGAGCCCGGCCGGGCAGCGCCGCCUGCAUGUCGCCCAAGCCUGGU